UCCGAUAACUCGAAGAAAUAAAAUACGUCUACGUUAGAUUUUUUCUAGCUGCAAUUUAUGAAUUGCGUUUGCGUGAGAAAAUGCGUCGAGCUGAUCAUCAGCAAGCCUUAUUGGCAAUAUUAAUUAAUUUUUUGAUAUGGCAAGUUGCAACGUCCGACAGAGAUGUAAGACUUACCCAUGAUGGGCCUGUUGUACUUGGAGGUAUUAUCACUUUUAGGGCAGAUCUUUUAGAUAGCGACGGUCAGGCGCCAUCCGGGAGUUUUAUUUACACAUGGAAAGAUAAUGCUCUUGAUCAACAUUUUUAUCAGACUGCAACGAUAACAAAUACAACAAUGUAUUAUAGUGUCAGUUAUCCAGCUUCGAAGUAUCAUGUAGGUGAAUAUACAAUGGAAGUAGCUGUAUGUAAAUGGCUUUUAUUUAUUCAAUGUAGAGAAUAUACAAGUAGAAGAAUAUAUUUUCAUGUUACUGCUCUAUUUAAUGGAAAUUUAAAUCUUGAACAGUCGAAUAAAACUGUACAAAAUAAUUUUAUAUCUUCUGCCGAAGUAACAAAUUUAUCUGUAGAUUUACGUAAAGGCGAUAUCGAUUAUAUAAAUAAAACAGCGACAUCAAUAUUAACAUAUUGGUUUGUUGACUGUAAAUUUUACAAUAAAACUGACAAUUUCAAGACAAAUUAUAAUUUCACUCUUCCCAACUCUUUUCACAUUAUUGAGGCUCUCGUGGUAGCUUCCUUUGAUUCGCCUACAACCAUCGCACCUAUCGUCCCAACAUCUUCGAUUGCAUCAACAAACGUGACGUCGGUUUCGCUUAAUAUUGCAUCUACAAUUUCAACGACACCUUUGACAACAACUUCAAUAGCUCCCAAUAGCUCUAUAAUUUCAAAUACAUCUAACAAAACACUGCCUGAACUAGGAAUAGACACAUUUCCUUUUGUGUGCAAGUCAGUUGUUGAACCAAAUAUAAAUAAAGUUUAUGGCUACUUUCAACGCGAAGUGAAGAUCAGAGCUCCUAUCUCGAAGCUCAGCGUGGAAGGUUCGACGUGGAUUCAACCGUGGAACAGUCUUUCGUUAAUUAUAUCGUGUAAUGGCACGGGGCCUUUUCAUAAGUGUAUCAAAAUACAUAUAGGAAAGUAUAAUGUCACUGGUAACGAAACUUGUAACCAAGACGCUGAAACUCUAGAUACUUGUAAAUUUUCAUUUAAUCAUUAUUUUCUCGAUGCUCUUGAAUAUACGGUUUUGGUAAUAUUAAGCAAUGACGUUAGCACUGACAUCCAUCCAGUAGCGGUCAAUAUUUAUAAACUGACGCCGAAGCCGCAGCUAUCCGUAAUUGUGGUGCCGGUCUCGUGUUCCUUGGUCGCCGUUGUCCUCAUAGUUUUUGGAAUUGCCUAUUACAUUCAAAGUAGGGCACGCUUUACUGUGGAAGUCGCGGAUUUCGAUUUUGGACGGAGUAAUCCUGAUAUGGAGUAUAAAACUUUUACCGAGAGACUACGAGAUUCAUUCAAUAAUGCUGUAAGAUACAGACACGAAAGAUUAUUAGGCUCUGCAUCGCCUUGUUACGGAAGCAUGCACUACUGACACUAAUAAACCAACAAGUUAAUUAUGCACCAAAAAUGGUUACAAACAACUGAAUAACACCAAAGACUUACAAUGACAAAGCGCACCGCAGAACGUCGAAAAGUGACGA